UCGGCGGAGCUGUUCCUGUGUUGCUGGGGAAAACCUUUUCUGGAAUUUCACCCGGGACGCUCGAAUCUUCGCCCAGUUGGUUGACUUGUAAUUUCCCGGAAGCAGCAAUUGAAAUCCUUUUGACAGACGUCCUUUAUUUAAGUUUAGCAAAGUUGUUUUGAGAGAUCCGCGCAAUUCAUCCUCUCCUGCUUGUGUUUUCUUCCGGGAGAGGAGACUCAGUCAUUGAUUUGGUGUUUCUGCAUCCUUGCACUUUAACUGCUGGAAGAAAUCAUUGCACGGGGUCUCCAUUGUUUUGAAAGCCUUGAGGGAGUUUCAAACGAGAAACUGACGAAUGGAGGUUUGCGGACUGACUCGGUCGUUCCUGCGCGCCUUUAGAGAGGGAGCUGGGUUCGCCUUUAAAAACACGCCUCCUAAAUUGCGAUGUUUUAAACACGGCUCUACCUGUAGGAUGUCAAAGCACUGUGGAAGAAGUAUUUCUGCAUUUCAUACUUGUGUUCUGGGAAUCCAACCCCAACAACUCCGACUUGGAUUAAGCAGGCACUUGCAUGGACAACAGUGUCACAGCAAGGAUUCAUCACAAACUACCCUUGGCAGUGUGAUUCCAGUAUUUUCUGUAGUGAAAUAUGAGAGCACAGGGAACAUAAGCUUCUUUGAACGAAAGAAGACAGAACUAUACCAGGAACUUGGUCUUCAGGCUCGAGAUUUACGAUUUCAGCAUUUGACAAGUAUUAAUAUUAGGAAUAAUUGCAUCAUCCUCAGGAUGGAGAUCCUAAAAGCUGUAAUAACUCCAAAGUAUCUUCUUAUCCUGGAUUAUCAUCAAUCCAACCUGGAGCAUUGGCUUUGGAAGGACCUGGCAUCACAAUUGGCUGGAGAUGGACAACUAGCCACAUAUUCUUUGCCUUUUGAAUUCCGGGCCAUAGAAGCAAUACUUCAGCAUCGGAUUAGUGCUCUGCAAGCAAGACUAAAUGAGUUACAACCUCAGAUAUUAGAGACGUUAGAAGCUCUGGUCAAUCCCAAACAGAUGUCAAUUGAUCGAAGCAAACUGCACAUUUUACUUCAAGACAGCAAAAACUUGUCUGGCUUGGAGACAGAUAUAAAGGUCUUCAAGGAGGUGUUACUGGAGAUUCUAGAUGAAGAGAAGCUGCUAAAAGAACUUUGUCUCACCAGUUGGAGUGAGCAUCAUGUCUUUGACCAGAGUAAUAUAGGAAUUGAUCUCACAGAAGAGAUGGAACUCCUUCUUGAAAAUUACUACCGACAGGCAGAAGACCUAGCCAAUACAGCACGGGAACUGAAGGUGUUAAUAGAUGAUUCUGAGAGCAUCAUUUUUAUCAACUUGGACAGCCAUCGUAAUGUGAUGAUGCGCUUGAACCUCCAGCUGACGAUGGGAACAUUUUCCGUUUCCCUUUUUGGAAUCCUUGGAGUUGCCUUUGGCAUGAAUUUGGAAUCCUCCUUUGAAGAGGACCCCAGGUUCUUCUGGUUGAUAACAGGAAUAAUGUUCCUAGGGAGCGGACUAAUGUGGCGACGCUUACUAUCGUUUCUAGGUCAGCACUUGGAGCCUCCAGCACCCCCAUCGGUGCCAUCUAUCUUGAAAAGGUCACAACUGAUGGGUGGUAGAGUCGACCUGCGGCAUGGUUCAAAAUUAUAAACAUCCAAUCAAGUCAAUACAUUGAUGAUGGACUCUGCAAACUAAACCUGGUAGAACCAGACGGGAAGUAUAAUCCAGCACCAUCCACAAACAGCAACUCAAUUUAGGAAAUAAAUUACGUUCAUAUUCCGGAUUGAAAGGACAAUAUUCCAGCUUGUUAUAUAUCCAUGGUGUGCAAACUUUCCAGUUGGUCUCCAUCACUGUGUAACAUCAGAGUUCAGAAGCCUUUGAGAGACGAAAAAAAAUGUAAUUACCCAAAGCAAAAGAAAUGCAUUGUCCAGAUUAAAGUUUAGUGGGUUAAUGCUUCCUGUAGUCAUGCAUUCCCCUAAUUAACAGAUAAAAUGAGGCCAACAUCUUAUUUAUUAUAUCAUGAUUAUUUGUGCCUUAGAGGUCUUUGGAACCUCCUGGAUCAGUGCUCUUUAGCUAAGAGUAAACAUAGAUGUAGUGGAAGUUGUCAAUAGUUGACUUUUGGAGAUAUUAUUAUUACCACAUUGUUUAGGAGAUAAUAUUAUUACCCAUUCCCCACAUCCUAAUUUAAUUUAUUCCAUCCCAUUAAGGAAUGCCAGUUAUCAUUUGGCUCUGUAGCAUAAGAGUUUAGGAAGUUGAUGCUGGAGGAUUUGGGUAGACCAUCUGCAUUUAAUAGAUAACUAAAGAAAGAAACUGCAGAUCAGUGCAAGAAAAAUGUUUUCAUGCAGCUCCAUAAAAUACAAAUAAAAGCUCAAAGGCCACAAAAACAUAAAAUUUGGCCAGUAGUGAAAAUGUUUAUAAAUGCAUAAAAUAUGGAUUAAUGAACCACUUUUGGGGUCUUGGCUCAUUUUAUGUAGUCAGGGGCCUGGCCAUCUCAAGACCUUGUACUAAUGUAGCACAGAAGGAGGCCUUUCAGCCUAUUGUUUCUGUGAUGGCUCAUUAAUAGUUAUUUAAUUAGUCCACCUCAUUACUUUUCCUGUAGCCAGUUUUCUCCUCCAUCAAGUAUUUAUUCAAUUCCCUUUCAAAGGUUAAUGCUAAAUCAACUUUCCCUACACUUUUAGGCAGCUGAUUUCAGAUCAGAGUAUCUUUCUGUUUGGGGGGGGGGGGGGGUGGGAGGAGCGGUGGUGCGGAGGCAGAGGAAAUAAAGUAUUCUAUCUCACUUUUGGUGCCUUUGUGAAUUAUUUUAAUUAUGCCUUCUUGUUACUGAUCUUUUAACCACUUUACUCAGUUUCUUCUGUCUUUCUGUACAAAGGCCAUUCAUAAUUUUGAAUGCCUGCUCUACAGUAUCUCUGCUCACUUGCUGUCAAAAGCACCUUAAAAUGUCCUUAUCCAAACUAUCUAAAAAUUGUUAAAAUCUAUUCUAGAUUUAAAGAAAUGUUAUUUCCAAAUUAUUUAU